ACUGUACCAGUAGUAUCUACUGUAUCAUCAUCAGUUUCUGUAAUUAAUAAACCUGUUACUAGUACUACAUCAGGUAAACAUAACAUACUCUUAAUGAUACAACUAAGUUGAUAGUUCAUAUGAUAGAUACCAAAGGAACUGAGGACUCCACACCAGAUGAAGGAAAUAAACCCACUCAUAAUGACAGUAAUAAUGGCACUACAACAUCAGGUAAUACUGAUGCUCCUACUAGUACUGCACCAGUGGUAUCUACUGUAUCAUCAUCAGUUUCUAUAAUUAAUAAACCUGUUACUAGUACUACAUCAGGUAAUCCAAAGGAUAUAUUAAGGACUCAUUCUGAUAAAUUAGUUCAUGCUAUUAGUGUGAAUCUAUACAAUGUAACUGAUGCACUGUAUGCUAAAGAACUGAUACCACAACAAACUAAAGAGGAGGUGCAUGUAUUAGGAGUAACUAAUUAUGAGAAAUCUAGUAAACUUGUGAAUGCAAUAGAGGGAGAGUUGAAAGCCAAACUUAAUAAUCCAGAGCA